AUGUCAGCACCCAAGCACCCCGAGGGCAGCACUGAGCAGCCCCCCGCCGCCCAAAACACGCCGUCGCAAAUGUUCGAGCUCAACGAGAAAAAAGACUACGACGCGUCCAACUCGCCCAUCUCCGACGAUGAUACCCAUAAGGAGAUCGGUGUAGGAAGGGUCGAGGCCUUCAACAAGGUGCUCUACCAGUCUGGCAAGAAGGGCAAGAUCCUUCUCUGGCUUCUUGGUAUCUCCAUUGGUCUUACUAUGUUCGCCUACGCCCUUGACAUGGGUAUUACGACUACUAUCUUUGGAACGCUUGCGGCUUCGACUUUUGGUGUUCAUAGUCAGCUCGGUACUGUCAAUACGGCUGGUCAGAUCAUUCGUGCUAUUAGCAAGCCUUUCAUUGGAAAGCUUGCUGAUAUUACUUCUCGACCUACCACUUACGUUGUGGUCCUUGCUUUCUACGCUGUCGGCUUUGCUGUCGCUGCUAGCGCCUCGGGCUUCACUGCCUACACUGUUGUCGGAAAGUCUGGUCUUGAUCUUCUCAGCGACAUCAUCGUGGCUGACUUGACUCCUCUCGAAUGGCGAGGCUUUUUCAGUGCUUGCCUUUCUCUGCCCUUCAUUGUCACUGUGCCUGUCAACGGAUUCAUCGCUGAUGGCUUCUAUGAAGAUUGGCGCUGGGGUCUCGGCAUGUUCGCCAUCCUUGUUCCCGCCCUUCUCAUUCCCGCCAUUCUUACUCUCUACACCAUGCAGCGACGUGGUGAGAAGGCUGGAAUGGUCACCAUGGCUGAUUCCAAGGACGUUCGAUUGGGUCGCUCCGAGGCCACGCCCAAGAACCUGACCUAUUGGGCCAAGCUCGCGUACCGUGGUCUAAUUGACAUCGACAUCGUUGGACUCAUCUUGCUUGGCUUUGCCUUCUCCUUGAUCCUUCUGCCCAUCACACUGGCCAAGAGCGCAAAGGGAGGAUGGAACAACCCAAGCAUGAUCGCCAUGAUUGUCGUCGGCUUUGUUAUUCUUAUCUUGUUCGGUCUGUACGAGAUGUAUCUUGCUCCCAAGCCAAUGAUGACCAAGCGCAUUGUCAAGAACCGUGCUUUUAUCGCUGGUGUCAUCAUUCAUAUCUUUAACCAGAUGGCCUCUUCUGUUCGCAACACCUACUUCUCGUCAUAUAUCCUCAUCAUCAAGGAGUGGACUACAUAUCAAUGGACCAUCUUCCUUGGUAUCACUACCAUGGGUCUCUGCUUGGUCGGCCCCGUCGUUGGAUUGAUCCAUCGGGUAUCCCAUCGCUACAAGGGCCUCAUGAUCUUUGGUGCUGCUGCCAGAAUUCUCGGCUACGGUCUUCUCAUCAGCCCUAAUGGUAUGAUGACCCAGGACACUGCUCGUCUUGUCGCUGCUCAGCUCAUCUUCUGCCUUUCUUCCCUCAACGUCGUCGGUGCUCGAGUUGGUGUCCAGGCCUCUGUUCCCCACGAUGACGUUGCUUCUCUCAUCUCCAUCAUUACUCUGUGGUCUACUCUCGGAUCCAGUAUCGGUAGUGCUGUUGCGACAAGUAUCUGGACUGAAGAGAUGGUUGCUCAAAUGCACGUCGAGAUGCCCGAUGUUGAUGAUACCACCAUCGCCACUAUUUACGGCAACAUCAAGACUCUCAAGAAGUAUGACUUCUUCGAUCCCAUCCGUCAAGGUUCUAUCCGCGCCUACGCCAUCGUCAACGGCCAUAUCACCAUCGCUUCAAUCUGCCUGUCCUGCAUUCCUCUCAUCGCCUCUCUCUUCAUGCCCAACUUCUACCUUGGCAAGCAGCAGAACGCCGUCAACAACAAGGGACUUGAUGGCGAGGUUGUCGAUGUUCCAGACCAGACUGGGCCAAGAGACGCAAAUGCGACUCAGCAAGAGCCUGCAACAUUCCUGCAGAAGCUGGCUGCUCUGUACCGAAAGUAG